AAGUGCAACAAAGGUAUCCAGGCAUGUUUCCGCUGCUGGCAAUAGCACUCCUGGUUGCUGGAGCUUCCAGCUGUGGGGUCCCCACCUACCAGCCAUCGGUAUCCAGGGUCGUUAAUGGAGAAGAGGUAGCUCCUCAUAGCUGGCCUUGGCAGGUCUCACUCCAGUACCUUUACAAUGGAUACUGGUACCACACCUGCGGAGGGACUCUUGUUGCCCCAAACUGGGUUCUGACGGCUGGCCACUGUAUCAGCUCUUCCUACACUUAUCGCGUGCAGCUCGGAAAACACAACUUGGGACAGUCUGAGUCCGGGCAGAAAACCAUCAACGUCAUUAAGCUCAUCAACCACUCCAGAUGGAAUCCCAAUAACUUGGCAGGAGGAAAUGACAUUUCCCUCAUCAAGCUACAAGAAAGUGUGGAAUACAGCGACACCAUCCAGCCGGCAUGUCUGCCCCCUGCUGGAUACAUUCUGCCAAACAGCUUUGGUUGUUACGUUACCGGCUGGGGUAACCUGCAGACCAAUGGUCCAUCCCCAGACAAGCUGCAGCAGGGUCUUCUGCUGGUUGUGGAUCAUGAAACAUGUUCCCAGUCUGACUGGUGGGGCAGAGUCGUGAAGACCAGUAUGAUCUGUGCUGGUGGAGACGGCAUUAUCUCCAGCUGUUAUGGUGACUCUGGAGGACCCCUGAACUGCAGGAACCCUGAUGGUGCAUGGGAGGUCCACGGAGUGGUCAGCUUUGGGUCUUCCCUUGGCUGCAAUUACUAUAAAAAGCCCUCUGUCUUCACCCGCGUCUCCAACUACAACAGCUGGAUCAGCACGACAAUCGCAUCCAAUUAAAGUGACUCGGGAUUCCUAACCGGUCGUUUUGUGUUAAUAAAAUGACUCUAUGUAAUAAACUGCAUCAUACGUGACACACA